GUUUAGGAAACACAAAGGGAAAAGAUACAAGGACAAAGUUAUUCUGUUUCAGAGAGGAGAUUAUGAGUCCCUCAUAGUCAUUCUGAUUUGUUUGGUGCAUAAAUUAAUACUAUGAAGAAAAGAGAGAGAAGAAGGGCACAAAUAUUUAAAAAUAUAUCUCAUUAAAUACACAUUGGUGAAUCCUUGAGUGUUGCAAAAUGCCGGGAGAUUCAAUCAUAGCAUGCAGGUGGUGUUGAUGAAGUUGAGCCCGUGCAGCAGUGUAGUAGUACUAAUUUGGCAAAUCAGGAGUGGGUCGUAAAGAUGAGAAACGAACCCGAACGAGUCGAGCUCUUGGAUGAUGGUUCAAGUUCGAGUGAAGUUGAGUCCGUGCUGGAUGUGCAGCAGUGGACUACUAAUCGGGCAAAUCAGGAGUGGGUCGUACAGAUAAGAAACGAAUCCGAGCGAGUCAAGCUCUUGGAUGAUGGUUCGAUUUCGACAGCGCUGGAUCGCUACUCGAAGAAGCGAUCCAUCUUCAAAGUGCCGGCUCUCCUGAAAAACCUAAACGACAAAGCCUACGAACCUCAAAUGGUGUCCUUUGGUCCUUACCAUUAUGGGAAGGAACAUUUGAUGCCAAUGGAGAAGCGCAAGCUCAACACGCUCCUCCAUUUUCUCAAGAGAUCAGAGAAGCCUCUCGAAUCAUAUUUCAAUGCUCUGGUCCCAGUGGUCCAAGAUUUGAAAGACUUUUACGAUGCACUCCAUCCUUCUUGGAAUGCGGAUACCUGCGGAUUCUUGAAGCUAAUGGUCCUAGAUGGCUGCUUCAUGCUCCGUAUCUUGGGUGGGAAUUUAUCGGAAUAUUGGCCUGGACCAGUUUUUGGUGACAUGGAAACUGCUGGUUUCAAGCGCGACAUGCUCCUUCUUGAAAAUCAACUGCCCAUGCUUGUUCUCGCAAAGAUCGAUCAAGUGCAAAACGGUGGUGAGCUACGCCAGGAGUUCAUCCAAAAUCGUGUCGCCGUACGUUACUUCGGCAUUUGGCCACGGCCAGUGGGGAAAGCCUUGCACGUAUUGGACAUGUAUAGAAAGACCCUAAUUUGGGAUGUGAGAUAUGUCUCCGAAAACCCCCCGACUUUUUCUGGCCAAACACAUGCAUUCUCGUCAGCAAUUGAACUUACGGAAGCCGGGAUCAGGUUGGAAGCGGGGGAGACAAUCUCGUUCCACAAGGACGAUGGGGUCCUGAGACUCCCACGCUUGGAGGUGGACCAUGCCACGGAAUCAAUAUUUCUAAACUUGAUAGCUUUUGACGGCCUCCAUGCUUGGGGCUUUCAGGGCGAAGUGACUUCCUUUAUUUACUUCAUGCGGCAGUUGAUACAAAGCCCUAGAGAUGUCCGCUUGUUGAUAUCCAGUCGUAUCUUAGAAAAUGGUAUCGGAAGUGACGAAGCUAUCAUCCAACUCUUCGACUCGCUCUCUAAGGAAGUACCGAUCCUCAACCCAUUUACUUCGAAAAUGUUUAAUGAUGUGUAUGAACCAAUCCUGGACUACCGCCGCAAGCCACAGAAUAGACUCCGUGCAAAUCUUGUUCAGGCCUACCACGAGAGUACCAAUUGGAGUCCCUUGGCUUAUUUGUCUAUCCUUGCCGCCAUUCUCCUUUUCAUCCUCUCCUUUCUUCAAACUUGGUACACCAUCUAUCCAUAUUACCGUCCACGCAAAUAAUUGAGAUUGACGGAGAACUGGUUGCUUCGUCACUCUUUCAUUAAUAUAUACCAUUCCUCCAUCCAGUAAAAUUAAUACUCUAUGAAAUUACGUGUAAUUUUCAAGCUUGAAAAUAAUGUACUUAUCCAAAUAAUUUUUUUAUAAUAUGAAUCUUAUUUGAUAGAUUUUGAUGAGAUGUUUUGAAAAAUGAAAAAAAAAAUAAAUAAUUAUUUUAAUAUAUACGAUACAUUAUUUUUUAGUUUGAAAAUUGAACGUAAUUUCGUACGAUACCAACUUUAUGGGAUGGAGUACUAAUUUCUAUGUAUCUGCAUGAUUACUUGCUUGUAAAAAGGAUAAAGCCGAGCAAAGACAUGUGUAUUGUUGUUCUAUCAUUUCCAUUUCUGUCCACAAAAUGCUACUGUAUACUAUUGUGUUCUUC